AUGCGGUACUCCUCGCCCUCCCGCUUCAGUUACUCGACUCGCGCGUUCCGUCCAAUCGAAGCGCGUGCGAUCUGGAAACUCGACGUAGGCGGGGUAGAUCUCCAGUCACCUACCAAGUUUGGUGAGCCGGGUGUAACUAGUCUCGCGGCUGCCGAAGUGUUCUGCAUAACCUGCGAGCCGCUUGCCGUCAGUAACGCUACCAAUGUUGCGCAGGACCGAAUGCGGAAAUGCACGGUGGAAUUUGAUUCCGUAAAGGCGAAUAUAUCCCCUCCUGCAACGGCUCCUGCUGCAACUAAUCGCGUCAAGACAACCCUGUGA